AUGAUUUAUUUUCAGUGUGACUCAACAGAAACACCUCCAAGAACUUACCUGGAUUCUGUCACUGCCAGAUUUGAACAGCAAUAUUUAGAGAGGCAAAAGAAAAUAGAGAAAAAGAAAUGCCAGAGAGAAGUGGAGUUGGCCCACAGUCGAUAUUUGAAGCAGAAUGUUGUGGAUUCCCAGGUGAUGGGGCAUGCCAGUUUUGUGGUGGGAACUUGGUCUAAAAAACAUGGAGACAUAGAAAAGAAAUGGAAAAUUAAAGACAAGAGGGAAAAGCAAAGAAUUGAUGCCCGGUUUUCUCCUUAUAGAAGUUCACCUUCCAAUCACAGGAGGCAAAGUAUCAUACAGAAAAAAAGAACUGGUACUCAAUCACAAAACUUGGUGGAAAAUCACAGGCAACAAACACCAGCAUCUAACUCCCCUCCUGCAGUAAUUUCAUUGGAUGACAGCCUGGAGGAAGUGAAGAUGAUUGGACGGGAUGAACAUAUCGCCUGUCCUGUUCUGUAUUGUGAAGUUAAGUUCACUUCCCAAAAUAAACUGGAGCAACAUAUGAGAGACUUUGAUCAUUCUCCCAUUAAUCCUUGCUCAGAGAAUCUGGACGGAACAUUGGCAGGAAUAAAGGAGUACACAUGUAUUAACUGUGGUGCUAACUUUGAGAAUCGGGAGGGGUGGGAUAAUCACCAGGAUUUGGAGGGGCCCUGCUCCUCCCCCCAACUCCUGACAGUGACUGGGUAUCUCUGUCCCAGGACUCUCAGUAUCUUCGCCUCCAAGAAAAAGUGUGCAGCCAGCAUCCAAAGGGGAACUUCAGACAUUAAAUUCCCAUUUAAGGGUGAUGAUGCAGUGACUUGUGGUUCAAUUAAACCAUGCCCAGUUUCCCAGAUCUUCAUUGACGACUUCACAACAAGGUGUAAGUCUUGUCCAUUCAACAUCUCAUGUUUGGAUUGUGGAGUGGAGAUUUCUAAUCAUGAAAGUCUUCAGAACCAUUUUACACUGACAGACCAAUCCCAUAUACUCACUACCACAACUGCUUUUUCAAAGGAGGAGGUAUUUUCAGAGUAUAUUACAGAAUACUCUUCAAAUUUUACCAAUUUGCCAAAACCUGAAAAUGCAGAAUCCAAAAUGAGAAAAGAUACUUUUUCUAACUUUGUAAAAUUUUUGUGCCAUCUUUUGGAGAAGAACUUGUAAAUCAAGGGAUUAUUGACAUAUAAAGACGUCAUGUUGAACAUGACUUUCUACAUGUAUAUAAAUUCAGAAGCAUAUGGUUUUUUUUAAUUUGUUUGAAUUUUUUCAUUCCUCUUUUUCUUUCCAUUACAAGAUUAAAGACAUUAAUCUUACUCUGUCUUUGUUCACUGUAUGCAUACCCAAAAUACAUUUAUUUCCAUUGGGAUUUUUUUUAU